AUGUGUUUUGUCUUUGUUUGCUAGCUUGAUAAUCAUUAGCGCUUUACACGGAAAGAGUGGAGUUAAAGAUGCGCACUUACAUCAGGAGACACCAGCAGCGAAAUCUUCUCCCCUAAACAGUUUUUUAAAAUUAUAAUUAUUAUUCCUGAACUGAUUUGACUACAUUUGCCUUUUUUGCGUGUGUCACAUCAAGAAUGGGCUGUGCAAUAUCAGGUCUCGCAGCAAAAUCCGAGUUGGCAGACAGGAGCAGAGAGGACGCCGCCGUGGAGCAUCCCAACGAGGAGCAGAUCCAGAUGAUCAAGGACUCCUGGAAAGUUAUUCGAGACGACAUUGCCAAAGUUGGAAUUAUUAUGUUCGUCAGGGUGAUGUCUUUUAUUGAGAAAAGUGUGGCCCGGCUGGAUCAGCCAGAGAGGCUGGAGGCUCUGGCUGUGGAGCUGGGCAAAAGCCAUUAUCACUACAACGCACCGCCCAAGUAUUACAAUUAUGUGGGAGCAGAGUUCAUCUGUGCUGUGCAGCCCAUCCUGAAGGAGCAGUGGACGACUGAGCUGGAGAAGGCAUGGAAGACAAUGUUCCAGUUUGUGACUGCCUUGAUGAAGCAAGGAUACCAGGAGGAGAGCGCCCGACAGCGGCAGCUCGCCACGUCCCCGAAGGACAGACUCGACAAGAGGAACACGGCGCUAUGAGAGGACAGGACUGUUUCUAACCCAACAAACGUGUAUCUGUAAAUAUGUGACGUCUUGUUUUAUAAGCUGUUCAGUUUUUGUCUUUCAGAAUGGAAAAAAAAUAGUUGCUUUUUUCCUUUUUUUUUUAACAGAACUUUAUUUCAGAAAUUAAAUUUGUUACAGCCCUCUUCUACGAAGGGACUCUGAAGAAAUCGUAUGAACACUGUCUGUGCUUAGACCUGCUUUGUAACUAUGAUAAUCAAAAAUAGAAGUACAGUUAUAGCCCAUGCACACGUCUCUAUAGUCCUCAUUCAUAACACACUUAUAGUACUUCUAGUAUUUCAC